AACGUAAUUUUAAUAUUGAUUGUAGCAAUUCUUUUGAUGGAAAUAUCCCAAGAUGAAAAGUCUUUGUUUCCCAUUCAAUCAUCGGAUGGAUUUAUCGAGUUUUUUCAAUUGCAUUUGAAACACGCUGCUGAUGAAAAAAAUGAACCAAACUUGGCAUUUUUGUCAAUUUUGUUGGGCGUUCUAGAGUACAAGCUUACUCUUAGUAAAACCACAGAUCAACCAAGUAGUAGUAGUGCUGAGUCAGAUGCUGAAUCACUUUAUCGGCAAGGUGUAACAAGGCAGGAGUCAAAGAAAGAAAAUGCUCAGACAGACAAUGAUUCCAUUGUGGAAUCUGAUCUUGACGACUUUCCAACUCUUGAUUUUGACGUCGUGGAAGCAUUAUACUUGAAAUUUAAAAUACUGGUAAAAGGGUUUAUAGAUAAAAGUUCAACUGAGAAUACAACAAGAGGUGGAUAUGCAACUAAAGAACUUUGCAAAAAGGUUAGCGAUCUUAUGUGGAAUCGACUUAAUCCUCAUUAUCACAAGGAUAAAGCUCACAUACAAUCUUUGUUCAGCUUUCUAACAGGUCGACAAUUGGAUUGUUUUGGUCUCGCAUUAAUGGUUGUUGCUGCUUGUCAGAUACUUCUCUACAAUGAUGUUCAUCUUGCAUUGAGUGAAGAUCAUGCUUGGAUAGUACAUGGUGAUAACUGCAAGGAAGCUACUGAAAUAACAUGGCAUGGAAAAGGUAAUGAAGACAAACGAGGAUUUCCAGUCAAUCAGACUAACACAGAAAAAAGUUGGAUGUAUCUUCACAACAAAAGUGUCAUCUGCAACAGGUUGAUGGAAUUAUCAGCAAUGAUAGUAUCAAUUAAUCCUUCAAUUGAUGUUCAUUUUGAAAGUAAAACUUUAGCUGAUAUUCAACUAAAGUUGUUGAAAAUUAUGUACAAAAAUGGAGCCUUGGAAAGGUAUCCAAUGGGUUUGAGCUUUCUUGCAGAUUUGGAAGAUUCAGUAGAUCUACAUGAUGAAGCAGUGAAAUCAGUACAGACGCAUUACAACAAUUUACAUGUCUUUCCACAUUGUGCUAAAGGACAUUUCCAUUUGAAGCACAAUGACAGUAAAAAAGCAAUCCAUUGUUGGUCAAUGGCAGCCCAAGUUCUAUCCAAUUAUAAUUACACACGAGAGGAUGAGGAAAUAUACAAAGAAAUAAUGGAUAUUGCAGGAGAAUCUAUUUCACAAGCUAUGAAAAACGAUCCCAGUGUGUGUGAUAGUGAAGAAUGCUUCAUGGAUUUGAUUAAAUUUUAUGAUGAAAUAUGUCUGUGGGAAGAAGACAGCUCAACUCCUGUGCUUCAUUCAUGGUGGGCUAAAUAUUUUACACAAUCUCUCGGAAGAUUUUCAACCGAAGUAAGACAUUCAUUCAGCAAGGAGCUUUGUGAAGUAGAGGAAGUUUCACCCAGCAGUAAUGCCAAUGACGUUACGGAGGAUGAAAAUCAGCUUCAACAAUCAAGUACGGAGAAGAAGCUCAGUAAACGAAAUUUGAGAAAGGAAGAUGUUUUAUCAAAUGACAAUGCUGCUGAAAUUUCACUACUUGGAGUGAAAAGUGUCAAAAUGAAAGGGCUGGAGGAAUUGCUAAUUGGAAGUAAAAAAAUAAAUGCACAAGCGGUCAGCCUCCAGCUCACAGCACAAUCGCAAACUCAUUUUGCAAAGAGACAUUCAAACGAUUCCUAUAUGAUGGGACAAUCUGGAAGGGUGAAAAAACCAAAAAAGUUUUUUGAAUGAGCCUUGGAGUUUGUUGAAAUGAAUGUGGAUUGUUUGAGAGGAGUUGAAGUCAAAUUUGUGUGACAGGCUUCUCCCAGAGGUGUAACGAAACUGUUACAUCUACUGUUGCCAAGCUUGGAUUUAAUUUAAAGCCAUUUUGAAAUAAUGCUUUUUGGUUCGAAUGUGACACAGUGGGGCUAUUCCAUUCCAAGUGACACUUGCAGAAAUUUUGCAUGUUGUUAGAUGCAAUAUAUUUUUACAUUUUCAGCUA